UCUGCAUGUGUGCUUGAAGAAGUAUCCAGGUGCAAAUCAUCACCUCUGGCAGUCAUGAGGAAUAGAGGGCUGAAGACGCAGUCCUGAAGAUUGAUGGAGGGCCAUGCUAUUCAAACAGCAGGCAUUGCUGAGACAGAAGCUCUUCGUUCUGGGCAGCCUCGCUAUCGGAAGUGUCCUCUAUCUCGUGGCCAGGGUUGGGACCUUGGAUAGGCUUCAGCCCAUUUGCCCCAUUGAGAGCAGACUGCCCCCUCCUGAACCCGAGCAAAUCCCUCUCCGCACCCUGCAGUUUAAGCGUGGCCUGCUCCAUGAACUACGCAAAGGCAAUGCCACCAAAGAGCAAAUCCGCCUGCACAACCUGGUCCAGCAACUUCCUCGAGCCAUCAUCAUCGGGGUGCGCAAGGGGGGCACCCGUGCCCUGCUGGAGAUGCUCAACCUGCAUCCAGCAGUGGUCAAGGCCUCGCAGGAGAUCCACUUCUUCGACAAUGACCAAAACUACGCCCGGGGCAUCGACUGGUACCGGGAGAAAAUGCCCUUCUCCUUCCCUCAUCAGAUCACCAUUGAGAAGAGCCCCGCCUACUUCAUCACAGAGGAGGUCCCUGAACGCAUCUUUAAGAUGAACUCCUCCAUCAAGCUGUUGAUCAUCGUCCGCGAGCCCACCACUAGAGCUGUGUCCGACUACACACAAGUGCUGGAGGGCAAGGAGCGCAAGAACAAGACCUACCACAAGUUCGAGAAGCUGGCGAUCGACCCCAGUACCUGUGAGGUGAACACAAAGUACAAAGCGGUGCGGACCAGCAUCUACACCAAACACUUGGAGCGCUGGCUGAAGUACUUUCCCGUGGAGCAGUUCCACAUUGUGGAUGGGGACCGCCUCAUCACAGACCCGUUGCCAGAGCUGCAGCUCGUGGAGCGUUUCCUCAACCUCCCCUCGAGAAUCAGCCAGUAUAACCUGUACUUCAACGCCACCAGGGGAUUCUACUGUCUGCGAUUUAACAUUGUUUUCAACAAGUGCCUGGCAGGCAGCAAGGGACGCAUCCAUCCAGAGGUGGACCCAUCCGUGGUGACGAAACUGCAGAAGUUCUUUCACCCAUUCAAUCAGAAGUUUUACCAGAUCACUGGUAGGACAUUCAACUGGCCAUGAUGAUCUUCAGACUCGUCCAAUGAGAUCCUUUGGAUUGGUGUUUUCUUUUUUUUAAACGCCAAGCUACGAGAACUCAAAAAAAAAAAAAAAUUAAUAGCACUUUGACUGAGUUUAAUACAAGAAUGACAGUGUGACCAAAUAUAAACGGGACUUGGUGUUAAGAUUGUUUUUACGUGUGUGAAAAUAAAAACUAAAUAGUUUAAUGGUUUGACUAAUAGAUUGAGUUAAAAAGCACUUGAUCUUGCAAAUGAAUUCACCUGUCUAUCACUGUUCCCCCUAAAGAGAAAAAAAAUGAACUGUGUGAUUACCUGAAGAGAUUAUUUUUGUUGCUCUUUAAAAGACUAUCAAACACUGACAUUCAUGCUGUUAAGAUAAGCUUUAAGUGUGAUGCUUUUCUCAUGAUGAAAACACCUUAAAAGAUGACAAAAUGACAUUCGAUAAACGAUGAAAUUGUUCAUCUGCUCCCCCAUCAUGUUGUUUAUUUGAUCAGAACUGCAUGUGCAAUCAAGAUGCCAUUACAACAUCGUACACUCUUGUAUUAGCCGUCUUCUGUUUGUUUAAUACUGGUUUCCACCACGUUUUAUUUUCGAUUCAUGCUGUGAAUCAUCCAUUAGAAGGUGACCUCUUUUAAUUCUCGACACAAUGCCCAUUUUGAAGAUCAGAACAGGCUCAUCAAAGUAAGAUCUGUUGUUUCAAGCUUAACUCAUGUCCAAACCCCUCAAAGCAUUUAAAACUCAAGCUGGUGUUUUUAAUGUGAGUAUGUUGGUUCUUCCCCCACUUACAGCUUUUUCAUUGGUUCGCGAA